CUCACCUGCAAACAUGCCAUUCCCAAGAACAUUUCUUGCUCAUGGGAUUCAUGGAGCCUUGGCUUCCUCCUUUGUGUCUCAGCCCCAACUCCUCUAGUUCAUUUGAUGAGCGUGUUUCAAUAUCUGGAAAGCCAGUAGCCAUGCAAUGGCUGUCUGGACUGUGGUUGGAGAGAAGAGCAGAAGCACCUGUGGUUGUUUGGAACAGGAAGAUGAUGUAACCAUCCUGCAGAGGAAAAUGAUUAUUGAAACACUAAUUUUUAAGGCUGGAGCUCAGUCUUGCAAAGCCAUCAUUACAACAGUCAAAUUAAGUGUACAUGAUCUAAGCAGCAAGGACUGUGCUCCUAACUGCUCCAUCCGGAUUUCCUGCAAGUCUGCUUUUUUCCUUCAACCAAGGAGCAGGCUGAUGAAAGCUGGUAAAAGCUGUGCUAGCAGACAUUUCAUUUGAAGCACCUGGAAGGGUGCAAGUUUUCUUGCAGAAGGAGAUGGGAAAAGACCACUUCCUGCCCGUUUCUGCAUGGAGGGAAAUGCUUAAAGUAGGCAAGGUAGAGAAUACUUCCUGACUUCAUCAAGCACACAUUGCUUUAUGCUCAUAAAAGGAGACAACAAAAGUCCACCAUCUCCUCCUGUGAUUAUACAUGGGCACCAUCAAAAUUCUUAAUAACAGAUGACUGUUACAGAGUCAUCAUUCUAUGACUGAGAAUGGAUUGUGAAGCCUGGAAGUCCAAGUCAAAGAGUUAGGACCACCAUCUGAAUUAAGGAAUAGAAUUAUGAGCACCAACUUGAAGUCUAGGCUCUUUUUUGGUCUCUUGUAAUCUCUGCUUCUUCCAGAAUCUUAAACAGACCUAUCAAAGUCUUACCUUCAGGUUAUUUCCAGGCAUGUCAGCUGCCAAUGUUACUAUAUGCCCGAAUAAUAGUGACAUUCACAAGCUGCAGUUGAUUGGAUACAUCUUGAUCUUCACAGCAGGCUUAUGUCUCAAUGUUGCGUCCCUCUUGAUCUUCUUGUACUAUCUGAAGCUCAAGUCAGUGGUGGCCAUCUACAUGUGUAACUUGGUUAUGAGUGACCUCCUUUUCACCAUGUCUUUGCCCUUCCGUAUAUAUUACUAUUACAUGGGAGAAUGGCCCUUUGGAAGUUUCCUUUGUCAAGUCUCGGGUUCUCUCUUCCAAAUAAAUAUGUACGGUAGUUGCCUUUUCCUGAUGUGCAUCAACUUGGAUCGCUUUGUUGCUAUUGUCCACCCACUACGCUGGCGCCACCUCCGGCGUCCCAAAGUGGCCAGGAUGCUCUGCUGUGUGGUUUGGGUACUAAUCCUGAUAGGGUCUGUUCCAGUUGCUCUAAUCCACAAGACAACUCCAUGUAUUAAGGGAAAUGAAACAAAUUCUAACCUUAAACAAAAUGAAAUCACUGUGUGCUUUGAAAACUUCAGUAAUAACUUGUGGCAGGGAAAAAUCUUCGGUCUGGUCAUUUUAGCAGAGAUUCUUGGCUUUCUCCUCCCUCUGACCUCUGUGACAGUCUGCUCAAUCCAAAUUUUUCAGAAACUAUGCCGAGCUCGUGGGACGCGGAGCCUGCGUCAAGAAAAGACCAUUCGCAUGCUUGUAGUCAAUCUGGUCAUCUUUAUCAUCUGCUUUGUACCCUACAACACCAUCCUGGCAGCCUAUGGGAUGAUAAAAGCCGGCGUGAUUAAGACUGAUCCAACCAUGCGGGGUUCAGUGCGCAAUGCCCUUAUCAUCACUAUGCUACUUACAAGUAUGAACUGUACCCUGGACCCCUUGAUCUACUAUUUCAAUACAGAAGGCUUCAAAAAUACUUUGAAGAGAAUAAGAAGAGGCCAAACUUGGGAUUUUGAGAUGGGAACACUUCAGACUCGAGCAACAAAAGCUGGCUUCUACAAGGCAGCAAAUGUUAAGCAGGAUAGUAAAGAAUAUCCAGUUCAGAAUUCAAUGGCUCCCUGUGAGGACUUGCCAUUUGCUUCCCCUAAGAUAUUCUUGAGUAGCUCCAUUGAAGACUCUGAAAUAUAGAGAUGGAGGAACUAUCAAAGCUUUUGGAAUGAAUUGGCAUUACAGAAAGUGACUGCCAGAAACAUUUGAACAAAAUAUGAAGACUUGAUGCACUUAAAUACGGUAAAGUCCUUUACUGUACAGCAAGAGCAUUUUAUAUUUCAAGAACAAUUUCUGAUAUUGAUUUUAAAGUUUAUUUUCCAUUUUCUAUCCAUAGAGCUGUAUGAUAUUCAUAUGAAUACUAUGAGAUAUUUAUGAUAAAGUCACUCAUUUCCAGGUUCAGUUCAGGCUCCCAAUGGUGUAGUAUCACUUGAUUUAGCAACUGGCAUCAGAAUGAACCAAGAAUGGUGGUGAUCUAUGGAUCACACUGUUGCAGAAAUACAAAUAGUCAUUUAUUAUCUGUUUCUGUAUCUAUAAUAACUACAUUUUAAUGACAGAAUGGCCCUUUUUUUUUUUGAGCAUUGGAAAAAUAGUUUACAAAUACCUAAAAUAAAAAGCCAACCAAAUAAAAAAAUCCUACAUCAUUCAGCAUAGAUUUAAGGCCCAGUGCUAGGCAGAAGGCAUUCAGAAAAGUUUCAGUGGUAUCUUAAAGAUUUGAAUUGGGGAGGGAUGAGAGUUUUUUUGCACAGCCAACCUUCAAUCGCUAUGGACGAGAGUGGAGAGUGGGUGAAAUGCUCCCGGUUUGGACUGGAUCGCUCGAUCCAGUAGCGAUAGAGGCGGUGGUUCAGAGAACUGGUAGCAAAAAUCCCUGCCCCUCCCCCCCAAUGUCCAGUUGAGCCGCGCAAUCAUCAGAGGCUUCUUUAUUAUUUUUAAAAGCAUUUUUUCUACAACCUCUUUGGUCGAAAAAAUGCUUUUAAAAGUAAAAAAAAAAGCCUCUGAUGAUCGUGCAGCUCAGCUGGGAUCAUCAGAAGCUUUUAAAAGGUUUUUUUCUACAACCUCUUCAGCCGAAGAGGUUGUAGAAAAAAUGUUUUUAAAAUGAAAAUAAACCUCUGCCGAUCAGGCAAGUCAGCUGGGAUCAUCAGAGGCUUUAAAAGCAUUUUUUUACAACCUUUUCAGCCGACCACCACUGAGCCACACCCACAGAACCGGUAGUAACAAAUUUUACAUUUCACCACUGAUUAAACCCCUCCCCCAAACACACACACAGUACAGGUAGUCCUCAACUUACAAAAGUUCAUUUAGUGACGAUUCAAAGUUACAACGAUACUGAAAAAGUGACUUAUGACUGUUUUUCACACUUAUGACCAUUGCAGCAUCCCCAAGGUCACGUGAUCAAAAUUCAGACACUUCGCAACUGAUUUAUAUUUAUGACAAUUAGAGUGUCCUGGGAUCAUGUGAUCACCUUUUGUGACCUUCUGACAAAGUCAUUGGGAAGUCCGAUUCCCUUAACAACCGUGUUACUAACUUAACUGCAGUGAUUCACUUAACAACUGUGGCAAGAAAGGUCGUAAAAUGGAGCAAAAUUCACUUAACAACUGUCUCACUUAGCAACAUUUGGGGCUCAACUGUGGUCAUAAGUCAAGGACUACCUGUACUCACAUUGAAUGCAAACACUGUAUUUCUCUAUGUUAUCUCUUGCUGCCAUAAAAGGUUCUAUGCAAGUUGUUUGUUAAAGCCUGUUUAAAUCUUCCAUGAAAGGGUAGUAUGGCAUAUGGAACAUAAUGUUCAAUAAAAAAGUAUUUGUUCCCAUUUUCCACAACAUAGCAUAGGUCCAGGAACUUUUGGCUCUGAAGUAUGAAAUUGUCAUGCUCUCAAUAUGCUUUGGAGAGAAAAAACUGCCAUUUCUAAUUUAAUACUUAAUUUGACCAGUGGUAGGUUUCAAAUUUUUUUACUACCAGUUCUGUGGGUAUGUCUUGGUGGGUGUGUCUUGGUGGGCGUGGCAGGGGAAGGAUACUGUAAAAUCUCCAUUCCCACCCCACUCCAGGGGAAGGUUACUGCAAAAUCCCCAUUUCCUCCCAAUCAGCUGGGACUUGGGAAGCAGAGAAUAGAUGGGGGCGGGGCCAGUCAGAAUUUUUACUACCGGUUCUCCAAACUACUCUAAAUUUCGACUACCGGUUCUCCAGAACUGGUCAGAACCUGCUGAAACCCACCUCUGAAUUUGACCCAUGCAUUUUCCCAAGUAAAUAUUCACUGGAAGUAUUAUCUGAAAAGGUAUGAAGUAUGGUUUAUUUAUUAUAAACAUGCCAUAGUAUCAAAGAUCCAAAAUGUAAAUGAACUGGCUUUAAUCUCACCAAAGCAACAUUCACAAAUAUGCUACACCAAAACUCUCCUUACUAUGCAAGAAGAAAUAGUAUUUUGAUCAAAAAUAAAAAUGUGAACAUCAA